GCAAGCGAGCUCCUGGGCGUCUCUAGUCAAUUGCGCAGAGAGCGCAGCAGCUGCGAUGGGAAAUUGACCAAAGUGGUGCAAGACUCUCUCUCUGCCCGUCCCGUGCCCCCCUGUUCUGCCCCUCAGUCCUUCUCGCCCGUUCCCUUUGCCAGCGGAUGAGUUUCCAGUCACCCCCGGUCGCAGGGCAACAUCCCCCAACAUGCCUGAGCAGAUCAGCGUCUCGGAGUUCCUGGCGGUGACUUCUGAAGACCUGAACUCCCCGGCGGCUUCUACCUUCUCCUCCAAAAUGCAGAAGUGCAGGGGGGCAGUGGCGGUGCUGGAAGAGAGCCUGGACGGUGACCAAGCAAUCCUCCAGAGGAUAAGGAAAUAUGUGAAAGCCAUUCAUGUCUCCGGGCUCACACACGUCGAGAACGAGGAGCAGUACAGCGAAUCUCUGGAGAACUUCGGCAACAACCACCUGUCCCAGAACAAUCACGAGCUUUCCACCGGCUUCCUGAACCUGGCGGUCUUCACCAGAGAAGUGACCGCGCUCUUCAAGAACCUGGUGCAGAAUCUGAACAACAUCGUUUCCUUCCCCCUGGAGAGCCUGUUGAAGGGGCAGCUGAAAGAUGGCCGGCUGGAUUACAAGAAGCAGAUUGAGAAGGCCUGGAAGGAUUAUGAGACCAAAGUAGCAAAGAUCGAAAAGGAGAAGGAGCGAGCCCGGAUAGCGGGACUCAUCCAGGCGGAGCCGUCGCCAGCGGAGAUCGCCGAGGAGACGCAGAAGGAGCGCCGGAUGUUCCAGCUUCAGAUGUGCGAGUACCUGCUGAAAGCUAACGAGAGCCAGACGAAGCAAGGUCCGGACUUCUUGCAGAGCCUGAUCAAGUUUUUCCAUGCGCAACAUAAUUUCUUCCAAGAUGGCUGGAAGGCUGCACAGAAUCUUUACCCUUUCAUUGAGAAACUCGCCGCAUCUUUACAUGCACUGCACCAGGCCCAGGAGGAGGAGGUGAAAGAGCUCACUCAGAUCCGUGACUCCCUCCGAGGCAUCCUGCAGCUGGAGAACAAAGAGGAAAACCUGCUCAGGAAGAACUCUGGCAGCGGCUACAGCAUCCACCAGCACCAAGGGAACAAGCAGUACGGGACGGAAAAGUCGGGCUUUCUGUGCAAGAAAAGCGACGGAAUCCGGAAAGUGUGGCAGAAGAGGAAGUGUGGCGUGAAGUAUGGCUGCCUCACCAUCUCGCACAGCACGAUCAACCGGCCUCCCGUGAAGCUGAACCUGCUGACCUGCCAAGUGAGACCUCACCCGGAGGAAAAGAAGUGCUUCGACCUUGUGACACAUAACCGGACGUACCACUUCCAGGCUGAGGAUGAACAAGAGUGUGUUGUCUGGGUGUCCGUGCUCCAGAACAGCAAGGAUGAAGCUCUCAGCAACGCCUUCAAGGGUGACCCGAGCGGCUGUGCGGCCUCCGCCGGGGGCGUGACAGACGCUGGCCUGCAGGAGCUCACCAAGCUGGUCAUUGGCGAGGUGAAGGGCAUGCCAGGCAACAAGCAGUGCUGUGACUGCGGGGCCCCAGAUCCCACGUGGCUCUCCAUCAACCUGGGCAUCCUGACGUGUAUUGAGUGCUCGGGCAUUCACCGGGAGCUGGGGGUGCACUAUUCCCGCAUACAGUCCCUGACCCUGGACGUUCUCAGCACCUCCGAACUGCUGCUGGCGGUCAGUAUCGGAAAUGCCCGGUUUAACGAAAUCAUGGAGGCCACGCUGCCGGCGCAGGGGAAUCUGAAGCCUUCGUCAAGCAGCGAUAUGAGCGCCAGGAAAGAAUAUAUCGUGGCCAAAUACAUGGAGCGCAAGUAUGUCCAGAAAGCCGGCAGGGAUGAGCCGCACCGGCUCUGGGAAGCCAUUCGCAACCGGGAUCUCUUUGCCUUGUUACAAGCCUUUGCGGAGGGGCACGAACUAGCAAAACCCCUGGCUAGCCCCGACAGCCAGGACCAGGGUGAGUUGGCUCUUCACCUGGCUGUGCGUUAUGCAGACAAGUCCUCCCUCCCGCUGGUGGACUUCAUCAUUCAGAAUGGGGGGAACGUGGACAAGGCAACUCCGGAUGGGAACACGGCUCUGCACUACAGUGCUCAGUACAACCAGCCCAACUGCCUCAAGCUGCUGCUGAAAGGGAAAGCUGCCAUAAACACAGUGAAUGCAGCAAGCGAGACGGCCCUGGACGUAGCAAGGAGGCACAAACACCUCGAGUGCGAAGAGCUGCUUGAGCAGGCACAGGCCGGGAAGCUAAACCUGCAGGUGCACUUGGAGUACAACUGGGAGGCCUCUCAGGAAUACGCCUACGACAGCGAGGAGGAGCUGGAGGAGAAGCUGAGCCCGCUGCAGCGAUCCUUCAAGUCCACGUCGUCCCCAACUACGGGCCAGCCCGCCCUCGUCCCCCAGAACCGGUGGAGCUGCAUUGGCAUGGACAUCAGCAACAAGACCUACGAGACCAUCCUGGUCCCCUCGCGGCCCAUCCAGCGGCGGUCACAGAGCGAGGAGAUCCCCCCACCGCUGCCCAUCAAAAACCCAACCAGAGGUGGCUCCAGAACCAAACCGGGGCAGAGCCCAGCAGAUCGCCCAGAGCUCCCGCGUCAGGCCUCCGAGCCCCAGUUCUCUGCGUCGUCAGAGGCACCUGCCUGCCGACACCUGUCCACAUCCAGCGCUCCCAGCACCUUGGACGGCUGUGCUUCCCGGCCGCCGUCCACCUCUCGAAGCCCCCCGGAAGCCAGACGCACAGUCUACUGGGAAACCCGCUCAGAGACCGAGAGUGGCAGCCAGCGGAGGACGUCGGAGACCAAUCAGACAACAGCCCAGCAGCCUGCCGCUGGGACGUCGCCGGAACAGGGGCAGAUAACCCCAGUCAAGUUCAGCUCAGAAAGCACCCGGUCUUACCGGCGGAUCAGCGGCGGCUCGGUGGGGAAAUCCUCCGGCUUGGCCAUCUCCCCGCAAAGCUCGGGCUGCCCCGAGGACUUGCCUUCCAGCAAGGCGCCGAGUCCAGUACAGAACACUCCCCCUGUACCCAUGCCCAGGAGGUUUGCUCCGGCCAAGGUGAGGCAGAAGAGGGCGAUGGCUCUGGUGGACUGCAAGGGGGAGAGGGCCCGGGAGCUGACCUUCUCCAAGGGCGAGGUGAUCGUGGUGACCCGGGAGGAGGAUGAGCAGACCUGGGUCGGAUUCAUUGAAGGAGAUGGCUCCAGGACGGGCGUCUUCCCUGCCAGCUCCGUCCACCUCUUGCAAGAGUGACCGGCUGGUUUUUCCUUUCCCCUCGGAGCCGGCGCGAGCUCUCGGCGAGCGGGUGGGGGGCAGGGCUGAGCGCUCGCUGCCCCACCACCAAGGUGUCAGGACUUUGUGCUCAAGCCGCUCCACAAGGGGAUCACAGGAGCAGAGGCCUGUUUCUUGCUUCCCUUCCCACCCUCCAGUCUGGACCUUGAGGGUAAUGGACGCUAGGGCAUGUACUGUGUUGAGGAUUUGGAACAGGGGCUUGGGUGGAAUCAACAUCCCCCACCCUCCCACCAUGUGCUGGUCCAUUUAGCCUCUUCACCGAGACUAGUUCCUUUUCCUGGAUGGAGAGGCGGCCGGGCAUCCCACCCACCCAUCGUACCAGGACCAGUGUCUGUCUCUACACCCCCGGCUAGGCCAGCUCACCCCAGUCUUGCAGCUCACUGGAUGAGCGGGACAACGGGAUUCAUCGUCUUUGCUGCCUCAGUCAGGGGGAAGCGGAUCAACGGGGAAGGCUUGAGGCUCUGGUGGAAUUUGCAACCUCCUCCUGCAGAGUUGGGGAGGGGCAGAUCUGCCGAUAGGAAAUGGACAGAGGACGGACAGCCUGUUGCACCUGCUCUCCGAUCUGCACGCCUCGGCUUCUGCCAUUUGUCUGCUCCAUAACUUUUGUGGGCUCUGUGGGGUCGUCUCCUCCUCAGGGCAGGGGUAGGGUUAUGGCUGGGCCAGGGAAGGGGGUCUGUUUGGAGCCUGGAUGCCUCUCAUCACGUUCCCCCGGGAUCAAAGUGGGAGCUGGGAGUUCCAGCACUCCAAUACUGGGCAAGGGGUAGGGGCCGGGCGACGCUCCACUGGCCUCAAAUGUCUGUAUUGAAGGAAAGAAAGGGGGAGGCAGAUCCCAAACUUUGUGUUCUUCUUCCCAGGCCAGGAGAAGGCCGCCAGCCCCUUGUGGGUGACUAGGAACAGUCGCCACGUGGCCAUGCAAGGCGCACUGCUCGCCCUGUUAUUUCCUAGGUAUACAUGGCAGGACGUGGCCCAUCAAGUCCCGAUGUCCGGCCUCAUGCCCCCGCCAACGCCGGGCAUCUCUCCUGGCCUCCCCCUCUCCCCACAAUCCCCCCAGCCAAUGAACAAUGCUGCGCAAGGGGGAAAGGGGGGAUUACCCUACACCUCGGAGACAUACAGGAGUCUUUCUCUGCCUAAUCCUGGCAUAACUGGCCCAGGCCGAUAACGGCUGAUAAGGGGAGGAUAAAAAGCAAGUCUCCUAGUGCUGCGUGUGUUAUCCUAGAAAUUAGAGAUGGGGAAGCCAGAUUAAGCCAUCCAGACUGUUCCCUCCCCCACCAGGGGGGUGCGCUUGGACAGGGGGGCUCACUACAACGGAUCCUCCAGUGGUGUUUCCAUUGAUUCAAGUGCUGCUCUUUCCCAUGGGCUGCUCUUUGAUGUCAGAGAGUUGUCUCCGGACACUGCCUAAAUUCCCCCUUUUGCGCCACUUCAUCCCAUUCUCUCCUGCCUCCUCCUCCAGAAACAACCCCCCUCCACCCUUAGCACUGGCACAGGGCUGGCUGACUGCCCCUGGUAUGCCUCAAGGUGUUCACCGUCCCUGCCUUUUAAUAACAACAACGAACGCCUAACGCUUUUCAUCGGUCAGUCUCAAAGCACUGUACAGAGGAGGUAGACUUCAUAGAAUAUCAGGGUUGGAAGAGACUUCAGGAGGUCAUCUAGUCCAAUCCCCAGACAGGUUUUUGCCCCAGAUCCCUAAGUGACCCCCUCGAGGAUUGAACUCACAGCCCUGGGUUUAGCAGGCCAAUGCUCAAACCACUAAGCUUGAGUAGCAUCAUCCCUGUUUUACAGAUGGGGAAACUGAGGCACACAGCAGGAGUAGUGAUUUACCCAAGGUCAUCCAGCAGUGAAUUCUGUUCAUGUGUUUCCUGGACUGCUCUGAACCCUCAGGUUCCGCUUAUUUAAAAGUAAUUGAGACAGUUGCUUUUUGGCCUGUCAUUCUGAAUCUCUGCGUUUCCCCAUCUGCAUAAUUUGCAGGUACCAUUGACGACCGCCCUAGCUCAGCACGCAACUAGCAUGAUACCUGGCCAUUCAAUAGGGCUGCUGCUUGCAUGCCUGAAAUGAUUUUUUUAAUAGCAUUUAAGCCCGGAAAGGAAUCCUAGAAUAUCAGGGUAGGCAGGGACCUCAGGAGAUCAUCUAGUCCAACCCCCUGCUCAAAGCAGGACCAAUCCCCAACUAAAUCAUCCCAGCCAAGGCUUUGUUAAGCCUGACUUUAAAAACCUCUAAGGAAGGAGAUUCCACCAUUUCCCUAGGUAACCCAUUCCAGUGCUUCACCACCCUCCUAGUGAAAAGGUUUUUCCUAGUAUCCAAAAAGGACCAUUAGAUCAUCUACUCUGAGCUCCUGUGUAUCCCAGGCUGUCAGUUUUCACCCAGCUACUCCUGUGUUGAGCCCAAUAACUAAAGCAUUUCAGUCCUCAGGCACCUAAGCUGACGUGUGCUGCGGGCAGAGAACAGGCAGGACCGAAGUGCCCCAGUGCCCGUGGUGCCCUGCAACGGCAGGGCAUUGGUUAGGUGGGAGAAGUGCUUUAAGUCUUGGCAGGAUCGGGGCCCAGAUCGUCCACUUGAGAAAACCUAGCCCUCGAUGGUUGUUUUUUUAAAAAAGGGGUUAGAAACGGUUCCCUUUUGCAAAUCAAGCGAAGGGGUCAGUAGUGCAGAGGGCUCAUUCUGGGUCAGACCUGACCCACAGACCAAUUUACGCCAAGGGUUUACACACACACCCCCCAAAGCCCCUGUGAAUUGACUGUCGCCCCCUUCAGCUUUUGUUUGUUUCCCGCUUUAGGAGAUGAGUCUCGGUGAAUCUUCUGUCCUAUGGGUUUCAUCACCCUCCUGCUUCACAGAGACCCACCUCUUCUUGGGAGGCCACUCUGUUUCUUUGGCCUCCGAUCCGGCUUUCCAUCCCCUUUCCCUAACAGGAAAAUACUUGAAGGAAAUAAAGGGAGCCAGAUGGAUGCCUUGUCCCUGACCCUAAUAGGAGUCCAGUCCCUGGAUCUCUCCUUGGUCCCCUCGCCUUUGUCUAUAGCAGGGUAGGAUAUCUCUAGGCAGAAAUCCUACAGCAGGAGACUGUGGUGUUCUGAUGGGCACGGAGAAGGAAAAGCUAGUUUGUCAAGUGGCUUUUCCCACCUUCUUCCUAACCCUGAAACUGUGAAAUAUUUUUUUUAUAAAUAGGAAAGAGGUCUCUAUUGGCCCGCCCAUGUAGAGCCGGGCUCGAAUUGGAGGUAGGCCGGGUAGAUUUGGGUCCAGAUUUCAAUCACCCAUAACGCCGGGCAGACUUCAGAUCUGGUUUGGUCUGACCUAGACAGAGGCCAUUGAGUGCAAUGACUAGAAAGAAGGCUCUUGAUGGAGGUGGCUGGACAAGAGAUGGCCCCCUGUGGUUCUCCCGGGGUGCCUAGUCAUUUAGGUGCUGAUGAGGACCCCACCGCCAGAAAUUGUGGCGGGGAAGGGAGAUGAGUGUAAUUUUGGGGCUCAGGCGAGGGCCCAUCUCCGCUUUGAAUGUACAGAUUUUUGUUUUUUUUGCCUCUGGCUCCUUUCCCGUGGGUCUAAUGGUUAUACAGAGACUCAUUCUAGCUCUGUCAGGAAUACAUUUUAAAGGGGGUGGGGUGCUUGUUUGGUUGGCUUCUGCAAUGGUUUACUGGGACCAAUGCUUCUGACCCAUAUGAGCCUCCCUCGUGAUUUGUUGUCCCCUGUGAUCAAGUUGCGUUUUAUAAUUGUCAAUGGGUUUUUAGUGGAAUAGCUCAUCUCAAGAUGGUCUUUUUUUUUAUUUCCCCCCC